UUUCUCUUGACUGUUCCGAUAUUGAACUUUUUCUUAAUAACAACUUCAAGACCCUUGAACCCGCUUUACAGCUCCGUCUCAGGCUGCCGAACGCAACCAAUUCAUAGCAGCCAUGAGCCUACAUCUGCCGGCAAGGCGGGUAGCUACAGCCGCAACGCGGGCCACCGCCGGCAAACCCUCAUUACAUCUACAAUACCUACAGCCCAAAACGCAGCGCCGCAAUGCUUGGUUCAAUUGGGGCGCCAAGUCUAAAACCAAUUCGCCCUUGGUCCAAGAGUUCACCCGGCGCGAGCGCGAGCAGAUGAUAGCCGAGAAGAAUCUGCAACGGACGCAGGGAUCUUCCAUCUUCGACGAGGAGAUCAAGGACACGGAGAGGGUACAAAAGCAGGAGCUCGAGCAGCAAUCGGGACAGCCGAUAAGGCACACAUACAAUACCAAUACGAAAGUAAAGGAGCACAUGGAACGAGCCGAGAACCCCGAUCCCCGAUGGCGCGUGCGCUUCCUCAAGAAGAAGGUGAUGCAGAUGGUGCGGGACGGAGACAAGCCGCUCACGCGGGAGCAGCGCGUGCGGCUUACCGAGAAGCAGCACACGAGCGCCAGCACGUACCUACCUACCAGCACCAAGAAGCUGAUGUUCCUAUCGCGCCAGAUCGCCGGCAAGACGGUCGACGACGCCAUCACGCAGAUGCGCUUCAGCAAGAAGAAGAUGGCCCGCGAGGUCAAGUGGCAGCUGGAGGAAGCGCGCGACAACGCCAUCGUCGCCCACGGCAUGGGACUCGGCGCCGCAGACGGCAAGACCCUCGAGAAGCCGCGCAAGAUCCAAACCAAGGACGGCCGCUGGGUCGAGGUCAAUGACCCGACGACCUUGUACGUCGACCAGUCCUGGGUCACCAAGGGUCCCUGGCGUGGCAUCCGCGUCCAGUAUCACGCGCGAAGCCGCAUGUCGCAGAUGUGGCGGCCAACAGCUGCCAUCUCCCUCGUUCUAAAAGAGGAGAAGACGAGAAUGCGACAGUACGACGAGAAGGUAGAGAAGCAGGCGCGGAAACGCCCAUGGGUGCAUCUGCCGAACCGGCCGGUUACGGCACAGAGGCCUUACUACAGCUGGUGAAGAGCAAAUAGCUAGUCUAGUGCAGGGGUCAGAUAUGAUGCAUGGUGAUAUGGUUGUGAAUAGCAGUCAUGAUUGCAUAUGCUUCUAUGUAAGAGAUUCGUAUCAUCUCGAUACGUGUACCAUAAAAGAAGAAAUCAACUCGGCUGAGAAUACGCAAUGGCUCUCUCUCUUCGAGACAGGACCUUGCAAAAA